GGGCAGCAUAUGCAAAUGCUGUCAGAAACAUUCCGAUUCCUGGCAUAUUUCCGACACAUUUCGGUUGCUUUUGAAAGGAAAAAAAGAAGGGAAGCUGGCAAAAGUCGAAAUCAAUUGAAAGGGGGAAUUUUGGAGGGGGGUAUGGAAUUGGAAUUGCUUAGCGUGAGUCCUCAACUUCUGACUUUCUAUGCCCCAUACGAUCGAAGUCAAAGGAGGCUGCUGACUUUGCUGAAUCCCACCAAUAAGCAGGUUUUGUUCAAAGUGAGAUGA